GCUUGGCGCUAUAGCUCAGGUCGGCGUGACAUCACCAUUCGGCGGUACGAUGGCAGAUAAUUGAUUGAUCAUGAGCCCAUCGCAGCACGCGUCUUCCGCGCUCUUUUCAUCGUUGUUGUGUGCGAGCUAACAUCGUUAUGGCUAUCGUGCAGAACUGGUUGCCUCCGUCGCGUGAGAACUGGGAGUGGAUAUGCUACAUCUGGCAGUUCUUCCCGCUGAUCACAGCAGUCCAGUGGGUCAUUGACUGGUACCCUCAGGGCAAGACCUCCAUAGAAUCACGGUGGAACGUACCAGGCAAGAUAGGAUGGGCGACAAUGGAGUCCGCAGGGCCGAUAACCCUGCUGUACAUCUUCUUCACGCUGCCGAAGGAGUUGGGCAUCGAGGAGCUGCCGUGGGGUAACUGGACAAUGGCUGGUUGCUUUGUCAUACAUUACAUCUAUCGCGCCGUCCUCUCGCCGCUGUUCCUCAACCCAAGCAUGUCGCCCAUGAGUCCGCUCGUAUGCCUCAUGAUGCUCGCUUUCCAGCUCACCAACGCCAUUUCAAUCGGCGGCUACCUGUCUGGUUACGGGCCAACGACCGUUGCGGAUUACCGCUGGCAGGGACGCGCAGGGUGGAUGUUUCUGGGCUUGGUGCUCUGGUGCUGGGGGCUGCUAGGUAACAUGUUCCACGACGACGACCUACGCGAGAUCCGGCGAGCAGCAGAUCGGAAACAACGCAAGAACGCAGCGGAGCACAACAAGCCACUCGAGGGUGUGGACAAAGUGUACAUGAUCCCUAAGAACGGGCUGUUCAAGUAUGUCUUGUAUGCACACUACUUCUGUGAGUGGGUCGAGUGGGCGGGCUGGUGGAUGAUUGGAGGGCUCAACUGCCAGCCAGCUCGCACGUUUCUCGUCAACGAGGUCAGCACAAUGCUUCCUCGCGCGUUGCAGGGCAAGCGUUGGUACGUGGAGAAAUUCGGCAGAGACAAGGUCGGGAACCGAAAAGCCGUUGUUCCAGGCCUGGUGUAGGCUUGAGAUGAUCGGUGUAGGCUAGCAGUAUGGUACACUAAUAUCUAAGUACAUGUGCAAUCAUUGACUGCUGCACUAGCAGCCGUUGGUCAGGUGAGGAGCUCGUGAAGGGGAUUGUCAGGGUCGUUU